CCUCCAUGUCGCGCAUCAAGUCCCGCGCACAACAAACUACAGUCAUACAACUCUUCUCUGCUACAGUAUUCUAGAACGAUAGAGUUUCAUACAAUAUUGUAUGAAACUCUAUGCUAUAGAACAAACGAAGUGGUAGGCGCACGUGUAAGUUGUUUGGGGUUGUCGUUCGGUGUUUAUGGUGCUGUUAAUUUGUGGUAGUGUCGCCAACUCUCCGAGAGCUCAUUGAACUGAAGCAAAGCGUCAUGGCUGCGGUGCUGUUUGAAAUCAAGAAAAAGAGUCGCAGUCCCGCUACGAAGAAGUCCCCGUUCCCGCUGGUGUUUCACUUGGGAACUGACAAGUCGAGCGUCGUCACGUGGCACAUUUGUCGUGGCGUUCUCAAGCCCGAUGGUGUCGAGGUGACGUCGCAGGAAGACAUGAAAAUCCUGUACCACAUGGGAUACUUUGGCAAGGGGACGCUUUCGCGUUCUGCUCCGAGAUUCAACACUGACAUCAAUGCGGAGGACCCUGUUCAGGAAAGAGCAAUGAGUUUUCACAGGUACCAGCGACACAAGAAGCUUCGUGAGAAAGCCGAGGCGGAAGGGACUGUCGAAUCGAACUCCAACCUGGACUCGCCAAAGGUUAUUCUGGUCAGACUCCGAGGCAGCGACGAGAAAGAAUCGAGCGGUGAUGUCACUGUCGUUUCAGAAACUAGACCCCGCAGACCGGUGCCCAUAAUCUUGGCGAGGGGCAAGAACCGUAAUCGCGGAGAUAAGGAUGUAGGCGAAUCGGCGGACACUGACGACCGUGCGCAGAAGGAAGAUGAGAAUGCUUGGAGUGAAAAGGUAGGGGAUGGCGAAGGAAGCGAGAACAGUGGUGACAGGAUCUGCAACAUAGAUGAAGGAAGCGACCCAGAGACCACAGACGAGGAAACCACGAAUGCCAAAGCGGGUGACGAGAACCCAGACGUUUUCGAGUGCAACUCUUUGGGCGAGCAGAUCACCGAAAGUGGCAAAGACUGCGUGCAGUUGCCCUCGCUGAAACCACAGAAUGUGGUCGAUGACAGCAACGACAUUAUUGAAGUGGACCGCCAGACUGUUGCAGAGAUUGCUAGGGAAGACGACGAGCCCCUCGUAGUGGAAGAAUCUCUGCACAAAAAAGGAAGCGAAGAGGCUGACGACACUCAAGGAGGAUCCACCUCAGCGCUAGUGGGGAACGAGAAGGACACUGAUGGCAGUUCUGAAGAAAUAUCAGUCACGGACCAACGAGACGAGAAGGAAGAGGGGCCACUCGAGAUUGACCUGUCUGCACCGGAGGCAGGCUCAGAAAAUUCCGUUAAGAUGGCAAUACCUGAGGAGCAGAAGGACAGCAAAGCAGGCCUGCUUGAAAUAAACCUUUCAACUAGUGAGACUCCCACUGGCAGUGCCGAUCAAGCGAGCCCGGGCAAGCAGGAAGGCCAACAUGCAGUGAAGACUCGACGGCACGAGGAGGGAGGCACUAUUGGCAGUGACGACGAUGAAGUUGAGUUAGUAAAUGCUGACGCCGGUGACGAGCCUGAAGUUUUCUCAACUGAAGACCCAUGGCCUAUCAUGGAAUCGCUGCAGCUUCUAUUUGAAGAGGCCUACUUCCUCUCUUAUGGCUUGGGGUGUCUCAUUGUUAAGGAUGGGGAUGAGGACCUGGACCUCCUCAAGCUGUGGCAGAGGUUUUGUGGACUGCACGACAACUUUCCUGUCAGAUACUGCGCCUAUCACCACUUUCGUAGCAAAGGCUGGGUGGUUCGGUCCGGAGCAAAGUUUGCUGCUGAUUACCUACUGUACAAGGAUGGGCCUCCGUUCUAUCAUGCCACUUUCUCGGUGAUCGUGCGCUCUGUGUGGGCUGACACUCUCGAGACAGAGCCUGAUCACCGUCUUCAGACUUGGCCCGCACUGUCAGGUCUUAUCAGGGUCAACGGAAAUGCCUCCAAGUCAGUGCUAUUGUGUCACGUGAUCAAGCCCAGAGAUGCUGACUGCACCACACCUAACGUAUUGCGGUCCUUCAAGAUUCAGGAGAUCUUGGUGAGACGGUGGAUUGUGUCGGAAGAAAGGGAGAAGAAGGACGAUUCGUCCUGAGUGGCACUGCUCUUUGCCGAGAUCACAUGUCUGUGCGCUGUACUGUACAUUUGUUGUGUAUAAAAGACAUAUACAUUCGAACCCA